AUGAAUACAUCGCACUUGGUUAGAAUAGUCUUCUUCGUAAUGCUUGGCGUUAAUCUGAGUAGCAGCAGUCCAUUGGAGAGACUCAAACGUUUAGCCUGUCCUCCCGGUAUCUGGACGUGCCUCUAUCAGAAACAUGACAGCAUGGACACCCAUCCCGAGAAAACCAUCGCCCGAGCAGUCCCACUAAACAAUCCGACGUCAGCUGCUGCUUGUCCCCCCGGAAUAUGGACCUGUGCUACGCUAAAUGGAGAAAGCAAGGGAAGUGGAAACUUAGAUGCAGGACUUCAGGCAGAAGGAAAGCAGAUAUCGGUCGACAGAGUGCAGUCUGCGGAAGUCAAGCCUUCUGCAAACAGCACAGGGGAUGCCAGUGAUGAACUGAAUGAAACAAAUGGGAAAAAAUGUCCCCCCGGGAUCUGGGUUUGCAAAAAGAAACGUACACUGAAGAAAAGGAUGAAAACGCCCAAUCGAGUACAGAGAUCAGCAAGAAAGUGUCCCCCCGGAAUUUGGGUGUGUUAA